AUGCGUCCAGCUUCACGUCUUCUAGCAAGAGCCAGUACUGUAGGUACGCCAUCCGGCGGCCUCGGUGUCGUCCCGCACGCCCUUCUACCACCGAUCCCGCUCUACCGUCGCCUACUCCGUGGACACCGCAAGCACCUGCCGCCAGAGAUGCGCGUACUGGGGGACGAAUACAUCAAGAGCGAGUUCAGGGCACACAGAGGUGUCGACAACCCAAUUCACAUCAUUGGCUUCCUCACAGAAUGGCAAGGCUAUGCGCAACAGAUUGAGGGCGAGAAAUGGAGAGGAGAGAAGAUGGACAAAGCAAAAAUUGACAAGAUGAGUGACGAACAAAUCGCCCAGAUGUACGAGCUCAUGCAGGCCAUCAGAAAGCAAGAGCUGGAAGAGAAUGAUCCAGAGUUUGACGCCGCCACUGGACAUAAUCCCCCGAAACAAAACUAG